UUGGGGGCGGGCUCCUGGUUUCACGCACGCGCCGUUGGCUUCUUUCCCCACGCUGGUUCCGCGUCCCCUCAGCGCCGUAUCUCCGCCUGGCCGCGGGUGUCUCGUGUGUGGGGGCGAGCUGGGCUGUCGCCGCCAUGGGUAAAACUGCCGACUCUCCGAGUCCGGGAGCCCGCCCCGACCCGGUGCGGAGCUUCAAUCGCUGGAAGAAGAAACACAGCCACAAACAGAGCCAAAAGAAGCAGUUGAGGAAGCAGCUGAAGAAACCCGAGUGGGAGGUCGAGCGCGAGGUUAUCAGCCGCCUCACGCAGAACUACGAGAAGAUAAAUGUAAAUGAAAUUACAAGAUUUUCAGAUUUCCCCUUGUCCAAAAAAACAUUGAAAGGUUUGCAAGAAGCCCAGUACCGUCUGGUAACUGAGAUACAGAGGCAGACCAUCGGGUUGGCUUUGCAAGGUAAAGACGUUCUUGGAGCUGCCAAAACUGGAUCUGGCAAGACUUUGGCUUUUCUUGUUCCAGUACUGGAAGCCUUAUAUCGUCUGCAGUGGACCUCAACAGAUGGGCUGGGGGUUCUGAUAAUAUCACCUACGAGAGAAUUGGCCUAUCAGACCUUUGAGGUUCUCCGAAAAGUAGGAAAGAAUCACGACUUUUCAGCUGGUCUCAUCAUUGGUGGAAAGGAUCUGAAACAUGAAGCUGAGAGGAUCAAUAACAUAAAUAUACUCGUUUGCACACCGGGUCGGCUUCUUCAACACAUGGAUGAAACAAUAUGUUUUCAUGCUACCAAUCUCCAAAUGUUAGUUCUUGAUGAAGCAGAUAGAAUCUUGGAUAUGGGCUUUGCUGAUACCAUGAAUGCUGUUAUUGAAAAUCUUCCCAAGAAACGUCAGACUUUGCUUUUCUCAGCUACACAAACCAAAUCUGUAAAGGACCUUGCACGCUUGAGUUUGAAAAACCCUGAGUAUGUCUGGGUUCAUGAAAAAGCAAAAUACAGCACCCCUGCUACUUUGGAACAGAACUACAUAGUUUGUGAGCUGCAGCAAAAAAUAAGUGUGCUAUAUUCCUUUCUGAGAAGCCACCUGAAGAAGAAAAGUAUUGUAUUUUUCUCCAGUUGUAAAGAGGUUCAGUAUCUGUACCGAGUGUUCUGCCGGCUACGUCCUGGUGUUUCUAUACUUUCCCUCCAUGGUCGACAGCCCCAGAUGAGAAGAAUGGAAGUCUAUAAUGAAUUUGUCCGUAAGAGAGCUGCAGUACUCUUUGCUACUGAUAUUGCAGCCAGGGGCCUGGAUUUCCCGGCUGUGAAUUGGGUUCUUCAGUUUGAUUGUCCAGAGGAUGCCAACACGUAUAUUCACAGAGCAGGUAGAACUGCCAGGUAUAAGGAGGAUGGUGAAGCUUUAUUAAUUUUGCUUCCCUCAGAAGAAAAAGCGAUGGUGCAGCAGCUUCUCCAGAAGAAAGUGCCUGUGAAGGAGAUCAAAAUCAAUCCAGAAAAACUUAUAGAUGUCCAAAAAAAAUUGGAAUCAUUUUUAGCUCAAGAUCAAGAUUUAAAAGAAAGAGCUCAAAGGUGUUUUGUCUCCUACAUACGUUCAGUAUAUCUGAUGAAGGAUAAAGAAAUAUUUGAUGUGAGCAAGUUACCUAUACCUGAAUAUGCCCUGUCUCUUGGUCUUGCUGUGGCACCACGGGUAAGAUUUCUUCAGAAAAUGCAGAAACAACCCACCAAAGAAUUGGUAGUGAUCGAAGAUAAUGAAGUAAUUGGGCCAAGGGCUCCCUCCCUCACCAAUGAUGAAGUGGAAGAAUUUAGAGCCUACUUCAAUGAGAAAAUGUCCAUCCUUCAGAAAGGUGGGAACAGAUCAGAAAGGACAGAGUACAGACUGGCUAAUGGUAUUAGUGCUGAAGAGGAAGACAAGGAAGAUGAAGAAGAAAUGGAAGAGAAACUGGGAAAAGCAAAAGGGUCUCAAACUCAGUCUGUCCCUAGCACUGAGUCACAGAAGAACAAGGAACUUCCUAUGCAGUUCUUGGACAGAGAUGAUGAGGAGGAAGAUGGACUUGAUGCUGAUUUCUUUAAGGUGAAGCGGCACAAUGUGUUUGGGUUGGACCUUAAAGAGAAUAAAAUGUUACAGCAGAAAGAACCAUCUAAAUCCAGUGUCAAGAGAAAAGUGACCAAGGUCGCAGAAGCAAAAAAAGUAAUGAAGAGAAAUUUUAAAGUGAAUAAGAAAAUAACAUUUACUGAUGAAGGGGAGUUAGUUCAGCAGUGGCCACAAAUGCAGAAAUCUGUCUCGAAGGAUACUGAGGAAGAGGAGGACACUGGUGGUAUCAACUUAGAUAAAGCAAAGGAACGGCUUCAGGAAGAGGACAAAUUUGAUAAAGAAGAAUAUAGGAAAAAAAUUAAGGCAAAGCAUCGGGAGAAAAGACUGAAAGAAAGGGAAGCCAGAAGAGAGGCCAUCAAGAGACAAGCAAAGGCCAAAGAUGAAGAGGAAGCCUUUCUGGACUGGAGUGAGGAUGAUGAUGAUGGAUUUGAUCCGAGCACACUUCCAGAUCCAGAUAAAUACAGAAGCUCUGAAGAAUCAGAUAGUGAAGAUAUGGAAAAUAAAAUCAGUGAUACCAAGAAGAUGCAGGGAAUGAGGAAAAGAAACAACAGUGAAGUGGAAGACGUGGGACCUACAAGUCGUAAUAGAAAGAAGGCCAAGUGGGAAACCUUAGAGCCUUUGGAUACGGGCCUGUCUUUAGCAGAGGAUGAAGAGCUGGUGUUACAUCUCCUCAAAAAUCAAAGCUAAAUACUUCCUGCUCUUGUCUUCUUGAAACCUCUGGUCAUGAUAUGUGAACAAGAAGUUAAGAAAACAGUUGGCUUUGGGGAACUUAGAUAGCAUAAGUCCCAUGCCCACAGGAUCCAUUCGCCAGACAGAAGCUAUCAUAUAUCUAAGCCCCUUUUACAGGAUGCGCUUGAACCAUGCAAGUGCAAACUCAGAGUGAGGGUGUAUUAUAAAAUUUCCUGAUCCCAUUUUCCAGCAUGGGCUCUGUUAGAUUUUAUCCAUGGGUCCCUACAUCUUGUUAAAUGCUCCCUUUGUUUUAAUGGCAAGUUCGGGAGACCUUGUUUCGUUGUUAGAAAUUACUAUCUUGCUUACCGUACAGAAGUUUCUAUUACUGUUAAACAAAAUUGCUCACAAUUUUGGUUAUUUAAUAUCUCUAAAGACACAGAAUAUGAUGGACCAGCCCUGAGAAAGAAUGAGUAUUUUGAAUUGAAAUGAUCAAUAAUAAACAUAUUUUCUGUAAAAUUACUGUUUUCAACGUGUCCAGUAAUAUGAGAGCACUCUCAAGGGAAGGUUCUUAAGAUUAAAAUGCUUGGCCAAUUCCUGAAA